AUGGCUUCCAGCUACCACGACUCCAAGGCACAGGCUCAAGUCACACCCCCUGAUAGUCCACCUCAAGGAAUACCUUCAGAUGAAAACAGAAUUCAAUUGUAUGCCAAUGCAAUCCGCGGACUAUUUGCCGACGAGACGCAGCGUCCACCUGACAAUGGCCUGGAGCCUAUCACCAAAAAUGAACUCAUUGGACUGUUGGAGGCGGCUUUGGCAUCUAGAGAAUCGCUAAACCCCUCUGGAAUAGGACAUGCCAGUUUGGAGCAGGACAGUGACAAUACGACACAUGACAAGUACGGGAAUUCCCAAUCUUGGGACGCCAUAACCGACAUCGACGACUGCCCACAAGACACAUGUCGAUUCUCCGGUACAAAACUCGACGCUAGAUCUGCUACGAUGCCAUCUGAUAGUCCACACGUGGGCCCUUCGAAUUUCAUUACUAAAGAAGAGCUGAAAUGGUUAUUGGCGGAAGUGCUGGGAAUUCAAAGCGCACAACCUACCUCGGAUGGCAAGGAUUCUAGCAGCAACGAGAAGCCUGAGGAACAAGACAGAACUAGAGCGAGAAUUUGUGCCUCCAAGGCAGAGUAUAAGACCGUCAAGGAGGUAUGGGAUUCCGCGAAGUAUGCAUAUAAGAUCACCAUUUCCACCCCAAUACCAGAGGUCGAUGAAUUAGACGAAUACAUGUUUGUGAUUCGUGAACGUAGUCACAAGCACACCGAAGAGCUCAUUGUUUAUGUUGACAUCAAAUCACCCGGAUUAAGUUGCAUCUUGAGGACCAUUCUAAAAGACAUCCGAACCGUGAACCUCGAUGCGGAUCGGCCUGCGAUUGAGCGUGAUCUUUUAUAUCACUACCUGGAUGAGCUCAGAGAUCAUCUCAAGAGUUCUCGCUCCCAAGAAGCGACCUUGGAUGACGCUAUGCUGCAUCUAAGCAAACUCAUCCAGUACCUUGAAGAAACCUAUGCACCGGUGGCAGAGCAAUUGAAGCUAUUCCAAGAAUCUCAAAGAAUCACCUGGGAUCUCGUGUGGGCUCUGCUGAAACCAGGGACGCUCGUCUUUGCGACUUGCCCCUCCACCGGUCUGCCACGAUGCAUUCGAUACGACUACAUCGAGAAGAAAACCAUCAGAGGUCGUGAAGUUCUUGAAGUCAACGGACGAUAUCUCGAUUAUGACGGAGAAGUUUUCGGCGAAUCAACCGAGACGCUGCAGAUUGGAUCGUUUCGAGGAACCAAGCAGAUCCAGACCUUGCCUAUUUAUCCACUGAACUACCACACCGACCCAAAUAUCUGGUCACGGCUGGUGUGCAAUGGCCGCCAUUUCGUUUCCCUGAUCGGCAGCCACCAUCGCGAGUACUGCGGAAAUAUGUUCAUCCUAGACGAGAACACAUUAUUAAAACUCCCUGUGCAUGGAAGGAUUAUGGUCGAUGCUGCGGUUUUCCGCAAGAUGGUUCCAAACCAUCCGAGGUUAGACAUCAAAAAACCGGAUACGGUCGAUUUUUUCUUCGGACAUAUGAAAGAGGGUGGACCAGAAAGCCGUAUUCAAGGCAAGAAUAUUGACCUCCGUGAGCUGAAAGAAGAGGACCUCGCAAUUUGUAGCCCGACAGUGCUAGGGUUCUCCUUGAAGGAAAAAAUCUGGGGCGAGUAUUACCAAGCUAGAAACAGAGAAUUUGGCGUGGAAAGUGUCAAGGAAAUCACAUUCUCGAACGCCCCUUUCGACAUGUUAACAGUUCCUGAAGCGAAGAAAAAAGUGAUAAAGUCUCUUGCGGAGAGCCGUGUCAGCACUAGGUAUGAAGGCACGUUCGAUGAUAUUAUUACAGGAAAAGGACGAGGGGUCAUCAUUCUCUUACAUGGCCCACCAGGUGUUGGGAAGACACUUACUGCCGAAGCCAUCUCUGAACGGCUUCAAAGGCCUCUGUAUUCCAUAUCGUCUGGAGACCUGAGUAUACGGGCGGAGGAGCUUGAGGUGCAGCUCACCCGUACCUUUCAAGUAGCUAGCGACUGGAAAGCGGUCCUGCUCCUCGAUGAAGCGGAUGUGUAUCUGCAAAAACGAGACGGUUUCCAUUUAGAACGAAAUCGUCUGGUGGCGACAUUUCUCCGGACGCUUGAAUAUUAUGAUGGCAUCUUUUUCCUCACGACUAACAUGCUGGGGGACUUCGAUUCAGCCAUCCUCGAUCGAAUCCAACUCAAACUGCAGUACGACGAUCUAGAUCGAUCGGCCAGAAAGUCGGUUUUCCAGCAUUUUCUGCGGGAACAUUCGGCAGAUAUCGAGGAAGAAGCCUUGAUACAGUUCUCCGAGGUUAAGCUGAAUGGUCGCCAGAUCAAAAAUGUUGUGAAAAUAGCCCACAAUGUUGCGAUGAGCGAAAACACAGGAGUGCACUCAAGUCAUCUGCGGCUGGCUCUCUCACAAAGUGGAUACAGUAUUCCCACGCAAGGUGUCUUGGCGUCUGAUGAUAGCUUGUACCAGUGA